CGCUCUCUAGGCCCCUCCUCCGAGGCCCUCCCGUAACCCGUUUCUGCACCGGUGACUGGCUCCUGGAUACGUGUCUGUCGAUUCCGUACGCUCAAUAUGGCGGUGAACUUCAACAAAGACAACACAUUCGGUGCGGCCUUCGCCGGGUUCGCAGCAUCCAGCUUGUGCUUAGGUGUCCUGUGUAUGCAGUCGUACUCUUACUUCAAGCGGUACCCAUUGGACAAGACGUUUUACAAGCUCUUGGUGGCCGGAGUUCUGUUGCUGGAGCUCGCGGAUCAAGCACUCAUCUCCCACGCAGUGUACACUUACACAGUCAGCAACUGGGGUGUAUUGACGAUACUGUUGAAGCCCCCUGUAUGGUCCCUCGUUCUACAAAUAACACUUGGAGUUGCGACUGGGACGAUAGUCAAAGUGAAUUUUGCCAUGCGCGUAUGGCGGUUUAGCAAGCAAAACAUAUACGUGACCGCCUGCAUCCUAUUACUAGUAUUCGGAGAAGUCGGAGUCGCAUGUGUGUAUACCGUGCGUGGCUUCCGUCUCAAGAGUCUCCAAGACCUCGGCAGCAUGAAGACCAUUGGCUCGCUUUCCCUAGGAUUGGGCGUGGCGACAGAUGUUGUCAUCGCUGUCUCCCUCUGCUACUUCCUCCGCAGCCUACGCACGGGGCACCGCCAAGAUGACUCCAUGGUCAACGCCCUCAUUGUUUAUGCCCUCAGCACUGGAGGAAUCACAGCUGCGAUCAGUUUGACGACAUUGAUAUUAUACAACUUCAUGCCGAAUAACUUUAUUUUCAUGGCAUUCUACUUUGUCCUCAGCAAGGUCUACGCGAACUCCUUCCUCGCUGCGCUCAAUACGCGACGAGUCAGCCGAGGACGCGGUACAGAAGACGCUCAGACAACAACGGUGCCUACCUUCCUCAUGGUUGGCAAGGUUACCCAGCGGACGGUUCACCUGGAUCCGGAGUACGCAGGAGAGUCUCCAAUCUCUCCGAGCAAGACGUCGGAGAACAAAAGCCCAGUGUCACCCUCGACAUCUGGACAUCACUAUGCCGAAGCAUGGUGAUCGCGCGGCUCUCGGCUCUCGAUGUUACCGAAUCUGGACUACAUAUGUAUCACUAGAUUAUAUUCUGGUUGCUCCCGCUUACCUUCUACUUUCUGUUGCGGCACGCCCAAAUGUUGUGUAGAGUAGCUUCGCUCACGUUCUCUAGGGCAUCAUGAUCUGCAAGAACUGGUUCAGAUUUCCUCAGCCAUACUCCCUCUCUGACCUAUCUAAUCGAUCUGUUCCUGUGUUUAUUAUGCCAUUUGCGCCUGUAACAUUGUCCGUUCCCACAUUCUGCUGCAUAUUCUUUCCCUUCGUUCACGCUACCACUGCCCUCGUCUUCCUAGUCGUCAAUCGCCGCUCUGUUUGUUGUCUGUCGUACGUUUGCGCAACUGCACUCCUCAUCAUCGCGCACUACGACCCCGGGCUCAUGCUUUGCAAGUCUCUCGAUGGUCGAAUCUAAUCAGAUACAUUGGCGUUUUCCCUUUGCACUCGUAGUAAGCUACUGCGCUAUCUAUCAUCAAUAGGUUAGAAG